AUGGCGGCUUAUGACAUCUCGCCCGUGUCAGCAGGGACAGAUGUUGCUGCCUACAGCCGGGAUUCUGUGCAGCUCUUGGUCAACAAGCUGUUCGCGCUUCCCAGAACGAAGGGUGAUGAGGGGACGAUGGUUUCACUGCCCAUGGAGGAAGUUUUCCGCUUGCCCCGGUCGAAGCCGGUGCCAAAAGAGAAGGCGAAGACCAGGUGGGAGAAGUUCAUGGAGGAGCGGAAUAUGAAGAAGCGGAAGCGGAGUCGGCUGGUUUGGGACGAGGUCGAAGGGGAUUGGAAACCUCGUUGGGGUUACAAGAGCAUCAAGAAAUCCCAGGACAAGGCGAACUGGGUGCACGAGGUUGGCCAGCAUGAGGAUCCCAACGAGAAUCCUUUCGAUAAAGCCAAGGCAGAACAGAGGCUGUUGAAAGCACGUCAGAAGAUGCGGGAAGUUCGAAACCAAGUGGAAGCUGCAGGAGGCAAGCUGCGCGCGAGCGUGCCAGACCUCGUUGGCAGCCAGAAGAGGGGGAAGGAUGGCUUGAGAGAGGCAGUCAAACGAGCGCAGGUGUCGUCCGCCUCCUUCGGGAAGUUUGACAGGACGGCACCCAACGAGGCGACAAACCUGCAGCCCAAGCGCAAGAAGGGAACUGCGCCUGUCAGCGGCGAUGCUGAGAAGGACAGUUACCUCAAGACAGUAGGUCGAGUGCUCUCUGGCGACGGCUACCUCGACAAAAACAAGGCGGCGAAGGUAGGCGUGACGCGUGAACGCCGCAAUGAUGCGCGUUCCAACGCGGCUGCGCAAAGCAAGAAGCGGCGCAGUAAGCAGGGCGGGGGGAGGAAGAAGGGCCGACGCUGA